AUGGCAAAACGGACGCAGGUGCACUCCUGCACCCUGCCUGUCUUUCCGGAACAUCGGAGUCACUCACUGAUCCCUUCGAGCAAAAAGCUGUGCUCACUAUGCUGUCACUACGCACCUAGGAAGUGCAACCAUGUGGCAUUCUGUGAGCUUUCCUUUGAAUCUCAGCAUCUCCAAGCCUGCAAAUCUGAACCUGGAACGACCGAAGCGAGAGACUCCGAGAGACUCGGCCUGGAGACGUGCCGUUCGGAGGCGGUUUUUGCAUUGACGGACCGACCUCGGCUUCUCUCGGGACCCUACCGCUUGGAAUUCGACUCCCAGCAUCCCAGCGGCAUUGGCUACGUGCUGCCCCGGUGGCUCGAAGAUGCCUCGGAAGCUGAGGAGCUGUGCAGGCCCUCAUGGGGUUCCGUGCUUCGAAUGCCCUUGCGAUCGGAGCUGCGGGCUCGAAAAGAGGAGCUCUUCCGGCGCUUGGCGGCGCUGCCGCCCUCGCUGCUCCUCUUCUUGAAGCGCCUCCGGGAGGUCUCCGUGGAGCUGCAGGGAACGCUGUCGGACGGGCAAAAGGAGGAAGGAGGAGCAGAUUGCGCAGCUCUUCGCGUGCGCUACGCCCAGGAUGCGCCCGUUGAAAAACGCUGGGAAGAGAUGACAGGCCCUGUCAAACUCGAGGUCUCACGAGAUGGAGGCCGGAGUUGGGAAGAAGACCACUGGCUUCUUCUGCGCCGACAGUUCCAGGUGCCGGAAGGACUGUCAAAGCCUGGUCUGGCUUCGCCUCCCUCCACACUUCUGGAGCUGGCGCUGCCUCGAGACUCCCAGGGCGGCUUCGACCGCAGCCGUGGCCCGCAGCAGGUCUUCGCCUUCCUGCCGGUGCGAUCCUACGGCUUGCCCUUUGCCCUGCAAGCUGAUUGGGCUGUGUCCUCCUCGAGAGAGGAGUUGCUUGCGGGCUGCGCCUGGAACGAGUUCCUGAAGGCACAGAUACCGCAGCUGAUGAUGGAACUGGUGGCUGCCGUGAGGGCCGAGCCUCCCAGCUCAGCCCUGCGCUGGACCUACUACAGCGCAAUCCCACCGGCCUCGACAGCAUCCUCCUUCUUCAGGCCGGUUUUGGCGCAGGUCCAAGCACGGCUCAGAGGCUGCGAAUGCAUGCUGACCGAUGAGGAUACAUUCUGCCAGCCGCAGCAGGCGAUAAGAUGCUCAGAGGAGGCGCGUGGAGCUUUCGACGGAUGCUCGCCCCUUCGUGAUGCUUUGCGUUCUCAAGGUCUUCACUUGCUGCACGAGAAGGUUGAGGCCUUCGCACCAGCUGGGCUGCUGGACAGCCUCGGGGUCCAGCGCCUCGGCGCGUCGACUCUACUCAGACUGCUGCCUAAGUCAGAGGCCUUUCCUGGACUGGACGCAUGGCGGCAGAUCCUGGUUCUGCUGGACCAGCUCUUGGAUGCGGCGCCCCGCAACGACACUGCCCGCCUGGUGGAGGUGGCCCGUCAGCUGCCGUUGCUUCCGCUCCAAAGUGAUGGCUCGCUGCAGCCGGCAGCCAGCAAGCUGGUACUGCCGCCGGCGAAACCAGAGGUCGAAGGCUUUCCGCCGGAGCUGCUGGCGGAGCUGCGUGCCGUGGAUCCGAGGUUGUUUGCUGAAGGUGGAGCUGAUUCAGAUGAAGGAGCGAUGGAUGCCUUGGCGGCCGCACGAAUCAGGAAGCUUCUGCGCCGAUUGGGUGUCGUUCCAUUGACACCUAGAUUAGUUGUCAAGGACAUCAUCGGGCCACUCUUUUCAAAGUGCACUUCCGUGCCGUGUCUCGUCCCGGCUGAGGAGGCGCCUCGCCAGCCCUCCGCGUUGCUGGCGUUGGGCGGCUUCUUGGCCAAGAAUGCCACCUUAGCGGAAGAAUUGGGCGGAAGCUCGAUCGGCUGGCCUCUCAAGGACAUGGACAAGGUGGCUGUUGGUCGCCGCUUUUCGGCGCCGCCAAUGCACUCGCCCCGUGCGGCUGCCUUUCAGGAGGCCGCUAAGGGCAUCCUGGAGCUCCGGCUGCCGGCGGCUCCACCGAAGCUCGGAGCCACCGCCCUGGGCGAGGCCUUGGAGACUUUGGGCUUGGCUCUUCCAGGUCCCUUGGUCGAAGCGUCAGACGGAGACUUCCGCAGUCCUGAGUUUGAGCGGCUGUCAGCAGCGAUCGCCAAGGAAGCAUCUGAAACAGGCACGCUCGAGAGGGCGCGCUUGCUGGCCGAGGCACUCAAUUCUGCCUGGCAAAGCAGCUACCUGCGAUAUGCACAGCGUCGUGACGGCAUGGCCGUGACCCUACCACUGCUGCAAUAUCCAAGGGUGCUCUGGAGAGACGUGGCCAUGGCAAGACAAUCGACGUACCAGCCGAUUUCGCCCGGCUCACCGUUAACACCACCAACCGGGGCCCUCAGCAAUGGUGAGUCGUCGUUCAAGGAGGAGACAGUCCGCCUGCCGGGCAUCCUGCCGCGAAACCUGAACAUGCAGGAUGACACGCAGGAUUGCACGCUGGUCCUCAUCUUCCCUCGUGUGACGCAUGCUGGAGGCACAGUGAAUCCAGAUGAGGUGGUCGAAAAUCCGUGGUCGAAGCUGGAGAAGAUCUUUAUUUCGACGGCCAACACGCAUAGUUCCCAAACCUUGGAUCGUCUGCGAGUCAAGAUUGGGCCUGAAACCUCGUCGAUCUCGAUGGACAGAUACCAGACGAUGGUCAGAGCUCUCUUCGUUGAGCUUGUGGCGGAGUCUGGGCUAAAUAUGCAUAGCUUUCCGAGCGUGGAUCGAGACGAGGAUUUCCUGAAAAUCUAUCUCCCGCUGGAUGGGCCGAUCAUUGAGCACAUGGCCGAGCACCUGGACUAUGCCAUGCCUUUCAAGACAAGUGUUUACGAGAUAAUCAAACCCCAUGGCCCCUACCCUGGCCGGGAGCCCAUGCACGAUUCCCAGGGUCGACAUCUGGUGGCUUGGGAUCGUUUCAGCAUACACGAAGCCAACCGCUUCGAACCCUUCAGCAAAAGGGAUUCCAUUCGAUUAUUGGAGUUCUGGCUGGAUGAGUGGGUCAGCUUGGACGAGAUGGAAAGACAAGGAAUCAUCACUUGCUACUUUCCAUGCCCCGAACCCGAUGCGCUCGCAAACUUGCACAACCACUUCCUGAAUCUGUGCAAGUGGGUGCACUUCCAGGGAGACCAAGCAGACGAGCUCAGUGACUACUUCGGUGCAGAGAUCGGCUUCUACUUCCGCUUCUUGGGAUAUGUGUGCCAUGCUCUGUCGCUGCUUGCCUUUCUGGGGCUUGUGAUAUAUAUAGCCCGCCAUCCUGGCAUUCGUAGUGAGAGCUUCAUACCGCAGCAGUGGCUUGGACGUGUGCGCACUGGACUCGCCGCCGUGUACUCGGUGUGGGCUGCCAUCUUGCUUGUCUUCUGGGCGAUCACCACAGCGAGAAUUCGCGUGCGAUGGGGCCUGGAUGAUAUCGUGGACUAUGAGCAAAUCAACCCCGACUGGGAGCCCAAGCAGCCAAGUGCCUGGUGGCCGUUGAUUGUGAACGUUCUCACUGGCAUGUACUUGGCGGUCUACAUCGGAGCCAUCUCACUUGUUCUGAACUGGCAGUUCUCAACGCAAGACGAUGAGAAUCAGAGCUGGGCGACUUUGGCACCUCUGAUCCUGACGGCGAUCAUCAAGCUUGGCAGCUUGUCGUGGACAUGGAUAGCCCCGGCCAUCGUGCGUCUGGAGAACCAUCGACGCGAGGACGACAAAGUCGAGAAACUGUCCUCUGUCCUGGCUGUGGUGAAGCUCUUUGUGGCCCUCUUCCCCUUCAUCUCCUCGUGCUUCCUUGCAACCCUCUACCAGUCCACCUGUGGAGACAACUUUGAGGAGGCUGUGGCAGCAACAUGGCCAGAGAACCUGGCCACAGCAUCCCUUUCGGCGGAGUCCCUCGAGGCUAUCAAGCUGUAUAGCUUCGAGAAAGAUGGCCGUGUUUGUUUUCAUGGCUGUCACCCAGCAAGUCUCGCAUUCGCAGCAGAAUGGUCGGAGACGACCUGCGACAAGAGCGUGUCUUUAAAUCUUCAGACGUACUUCCUCUUCAACGUCGCCCUGGAGAUGGUCUUUCUGAUCAUUCCCAUCGCCAUCUCGUACUUCGAGAUUCGGAAGGAACGCCGCAAGAAGGAGAGGGACGGCACCGAGUUUGUCUAUUCAUUACUGCAGUGGGAAGCCAAGAAGUUCAAGUACGAGUGGAACUCCUGGGGUGGUGACAAGACCAACGAUUACCUGGACCUCGCGAUCUCUUAUGCUGUGGUCGUUUGCUUCGGAAUCAUCUCGCCGGUCAUGGCCACCGUUGCCCUCGUUUCGCUCCUGAUCUCGCUUCGCCUGCGCUGCUAUAGGAUGAUCUACGUGACUCGCAGGCCCCUGCCACGUGCCAGUGCUGGCUUGGGAGUUUGGGAGAACGUUUUCUCCGGGAUAAACACCCUGGCCGUCGUGAUCAAUGUGGGCCUGGCCGCUGUUUUUUUCUAUCCCAUGCGAAUGAAGUCAGCUAGUGAAAAGUUUGCCAUCUUCGUGGUCGCCGAGCAUGUGGUUCUGCUUGUGCAGUUCGCCGUCAAGCUCGUUGUGCCUGCGAAGCCGUCGGACAUUUCCCACAUCGAGGCCUACAACAUGCACGUCAAGAGGGCGUUGCAAGUUCGGCAGUCUGGCAUGAAGCGAUUCGUGCGAUAUAAGACUAACCUCAGCCACAUCAAUCUGGAUGUGAAUCCCGACGGCUUACAAAGUGAUGCCGGGGAGUCCACAGAGGCUUCUACAUUCCUGCUCGCUCUGCAGUCAUCCGCGUGGCUUCCUCCGGACGACUUCGGGGACGAAGCAGAGGAUGGUGUUGAGGCCUCGCCGCUGCGCUGCCCUGGCGAACUGGUGGCUGGCACCGCGGCGGUCCGGGCGGCAUUGCCGGAUGCUGGGCUGCUCAAGGGCCGCCUGUGCUCGGCCGUCACUGGUGCCUUUGCAGAGGCUUUGGGUGUCGUCACCGAGCCCAGCAUUGAGCUGGUGAUGAAGGUCUUGAAGGGCUUUGUGUCAGAAAGCCCAGUGGGACCCGACAGCGCGACAGCCAUCUACGGCUACCUGGAGCGGGAAGGCGCUGACUUGGCCGAGUUGCGAAGGAUGCCGUCCGUGGUGGUCGCCGCUGGAGCUGCAGCACGCGUUCCUGCUGACGUGGUGUGGGAGGAUGCAAACUGCGAUCUUCCGGCCUUGCAGCAGCUCUACAGCGUACGGUGGCGUCGGUUCUUCGUCAUCGGCCUGGGUGUGCCGGAACGGCCGACACCGGAGCAGGUGCUUCGGCGCUUAGACCAACUGAGCGCCAGCACAGCACCCAGCGCUGCACUGUGGCCGCUCCUCCUUCGCGUGGCCAAGGAGAUAUCCGACACCUCUUCUGCUGAUGCAGAAGCUUGGGCUGCGAUGCCGGCAGCGCUGGCUGCCCGGCGCUGCGUGCCACUGCAGUUGGGCGGCCUUGGCGCCCCAAAGGAAGGUGUCGUUCUCGAGGGGGACUACGCCGGGAUUCCCGAGGCAGCCCUCGCCACACUCCGGGCCGAGGCACCCCUCGCAGCUGUGCCGACAGGGAAGGAUGCAGAGCACUGGCCAGGCCUUGCCAACGCGCUCGGGCUGAAAAGCCUCGCGUCGGUGUGCUGCAUUACCGCCACAUUCAGCGGUGAGGAGAAACCCGCUGUUGUCAUUGCAAAGGCGGUGGCUUCGCUGCUGCCCUUGGCACAACGGUUCCUCAUCCACAAGCACCGAGCUGUGUACGAUGCUGUCAAUGCAGCAAGCUUGACAACAAAGCUGGAGCAGCUGAGUGUGCGAGAAGUGGAUCCGCCCUUGAAGCUUCGGUGCAGCUUCUCCGCCGUGCCCGGUCAAGAUCCGAUCCAGGUCGAAAUCGAGAGCGACUGCUACAUGGAGAUCAACAGUGGUCACCUGGAAGAUGGGUCCUGUGAGAAGCUUCGACUGCGAAUGCUUCCUGGGGCCACGCUUCCUGCCCUUUGUGUCGAGUUGGCGCGUCUUCUGCUGCCACCAGCCUGGAAGCAGGACGAGGUGACGACGGUCCGGCAGACCCGCGAGGCCCUGGCCACCUUCCUUGCUUCGGCCGCGUUGGCCGGAGCAUCGGGCGCUGCAUCCCUUUGCGAGGCGCUGCAGAUCGCGGAGCUUCCAAGCGAGGACUCCCCUGACUACACGCCACCCUGGCCGAUGCCGAAAGAGGUUGCAGAGCAGCUGGAGUUGGAGCGUCGGCUUCUUGAAGCGGAGAAGGAGACGGAGCCGGAGAAGCUUGUGCCCCCAAGCAACGAGGAGGAGUCGCCUGCAGAGCCUCCGAGCAAGAGAGCGCGAAUGGAGGGGCCUGAGGCACCGAUCCUUGCGGAGGCAGCCAUCUUGGAAGGUGCCGCCAAGGAUCGCUUGGCCGAGAUGGAGGCGGAGAGCUUCAACAUGGAGGAGCCACAGAUGGACCCAUGUGCUCUUGGGGACGACGGGGAGGUGGAUGGCUGCCAGAACGAUGCUGGCACAACUGCAGAGAUGGAAGAGGCGAGCGCAGCUGAGAUGAAAGAUGCAGACGCCUUGCUGAAGAACGUCAGCGUGAUCGACCAGGGCUCAGAGGAUGGAGAAGGAGGCAAAGGCAAAGGCAAGGGCAAGGGCGACAAGGGUGGCAAGGGCAAAGGUCCUGGCAAGCAGAGCGACAAGGAGCGCGGCGCGACGGAGCUUGGACGCAUCCUUGAUCGCCUGCCAGGAACCGCUGCUGCUCCAGAGGACGAGUCUGCAGAGGCGAAGAAGGAGAGGUCAUUCAAGACACGUGUCUACGAUCUGGAUGACUUACGCGCCCAGUCGAAGAAAAUGCAUCUUGGUCCACUGCCACACCGGAAUGACCUGCCGCAGGAGGAGCGUGAGAAGGUUGGACGCUGGGGCGAGCAGUUCGUGUACGAAUACCUGCGAAAAAAGCUUGAGCAUGAGGACAGUCAGAAGCGUGUGAUUUGGGUCAAUGAAGUCGAGGAGACGGGCUUCCAGUACGAUUUGCGGAUUGAGGACAGUACCAGUGGGGAUGUGGAGGCCUAUGUCGAGGUCAAGACAUCGCGUGCCAAGGACAAGCAACUUUUCGAGAUGAGCUACAGAGAAUGGACGUUUGCGCAAAAGGAGGGGAGCAAGUUCGUCAUCUUUCGGGUCUCCAAUGCUGGCAAGGAAGAUGUCGAACUCUGCUCCAUUGCGAAUCCUUUCCGGCAAUGGAAGGAGCUGAACCUCGGACUUUGCCUCACCUUUUAG